CCUCGAGGUCGCGUUGCUGAGUUCCCCAGCCGCGGAAAGGCUGCGAGCUGCCCCGGGCGAGAGAAGGAGGAGGGAGAAGGCCGGAAGGGGAACAGCCGCUUCGCUUUGAACGUAUGGAAGGACUAUAGGAUACUUCGUAUACAGAAAAACCAACAAAGUGGAGUCAACCACAUGCAGCAGCUUCAUGGGCUUGAAGGAUCACUUGAAGCAUGACCUUGGGCACCUCUAUGAGGAUACGUCAGAGACUCAAAUAAGUGCAAUAGCACCUUGGUCAAUGAUAGAAAAACCAACUAUGGAUAAAAUUAAUUCUAGGAAGGAGGAUCCUAAGAAGGAACUGUCUGAAGAAACUGGAAGCUUCAGUUGUGAUUCUGAGGAAAGUACAAAUUCUGAUAAUGAAUUGGGAAAAGCAACUAAAAUUGGAACAGAACCAUGCUCCUUAUCUAAGGACCACAGACAGACAUAUCCAUGUUUAGAACCACAUAUACUAAAGCGCAAUGAAAUUUUACAAGACUUUAAGUUAGAGGAAGUUCAGAUAGUAUCUAAAGAAAUUAAAAAACCUCCUGAUAUGGUGAAAGAAUAUCAAACCAAACUUGACUUUGCACUUAAGUUAGGUUACUCUGAAGAACAAGUUCAACUUGUGCUGAAUAAACUUGGUACUGAUGCUUUAAUCAAUGAUAUAUUAGGGGAACUUGUCAAACUUGGAAAUAAAACUGAGGCAGAUCAGAGUGUAAGUUCUAUUAGCACUAGUGUAAUGCGAGAAGCAUCUUCCAUUGAUUCUCAAAGAUCUGACUCUCCCCUUCAGGAGGAUGUGCUUGUGGAUGGUGAUAACCUGAGACCAAUAGUUAUUGAUGGCAGCAAUGUGGCAAUGAGUCAUGGAAACAAAGAAGUAUUCUCUUGUCGUGGGAUAAAACUGGCCGUGGACUGGUUUUUGGAAAGAGGACACAAAGAUGUCACAGUGUUUGUUCCGGCAUGGAGAAAAGAACAGUCUCGACCAGAUGCGCUCAUUACAGAUCAAGAAAUCUUGCGUAAAUUAGAAAAAGAGAAAAUUCUGGUGUUCACCCCAUCACGUCGAGUUCAAGGGAGAAGGGUGGUAUGCUAUGACGACAGGUUCAUAGUGAAGCUGGCUUUUGAGUCAGAUGGUAUAAUUGUAUCUAAUGAUAACUACAGGGAUCUAGCUAAUGAAAAGCCAGAAUGGAAGAAAUUUAUUGAUGAACGACUCCUGAUGUAUUCAUUUGUCAAUGACAAAUUCAUGCCUCCAGAUGAUCCUCUUGGCCGUCAUGGCCCAAGUCUGGAGAAUUUUCUGAGAAAGAAACCUGUUGUACCGGAACAUAAGAAGCAACCCUGUCCAUAUGGGAAGAAAUGUACUUAUGGACACAAAUGCAAAUAUUAUCACCCAGAAAGAGGAAAUCAACCUCAGAGGUCAGUAGCUGAUGAGCUUCGUGCCAUGUCUAGGAACACAGCUGCCAAAGCUGCUUGUGAAGGAGGGCUGGUGAAAAGCAACAGUGUUCCUUGUAGUACUAAGACAGACAGCACUACAGAUCUCAAGCGAACUACUCCAAAGAGGCAAUCAGAUCCUAGUAUAAGGACUCAAGUCUACCAAGACUUGGAAGAAAAGCUUCCCACCAAAAACAAAUUGGGAACCAGGUCUGUACCUUCUUUAGUUAGUAUACCAACUUCUGCUGCUGCAAAACCCCAAAGUACUGCACCUUUAACCAGUGGCCUUCCAUCUGGAGUUCAUUUCCCACCUCAGGAUCAAAGACCACAGGGACCCUAUUCUCCAGUGAUAAUGACAACCAAAAAUCAUGGAACGCCAAUGCCUUAUGAGCAGUAUCCCAAAUGUGAUUCUCCUGUGGAUGUAGGUUAUUACUCUAUGCUCAGUGCAUAUUCAAACCUAAGUAUCUCUGGUCCACGAAGUCCUGAAAGACGUUUCUCUUUGGACACAGAUUACAGAAUUAGUUCUGUAGCUUCUGACUGUAGUAGUGAAGGGAGUAUGAGUUGUGGCAGUAGCGAUUCCUACAUGGGCUACAAUGAUCGAUCUUAUGUGAGUUCUCCUGACCCUCAACUGGAAGAGAAUUUAAAAUGUCAGCAUAUGCAUCCCCAUAGCCAUCUGAACUCACAGUCCUUCUUACAGAGUUACCACGAUACACUAACCAGAGUGCAAAGUUACAGUCAUGAAGAACCAAAGCAUCAUCCGAAGCCUCCGCUUCCGUACAUGGCUGUGCACUUUCAGCAUCCGAACAUGGGAAGCCGUUCUAGUUGUCCUAUUGACUACCCUGCUUCUCAGAGUUCACAGCAUUCAAAAAGCAUGCCUCCUGGGAGAGCUCUUGCAUCCACAAGACUAGACAGUGUAUCAGACUCACGUUUGUAUGAUAAUUCUCCACUGAGAAAAAGAAAAACAUACUCCACUCAAGAAGGACUCAGUUGGGAUAGGCCAGGCUACGGGAUGGACACAUAUGGCUAUCGUCAAACUUACUCCUUACCCAGCAAUCCCACCCAGCCAUGUUAUGAGCAGUUUGCCUUCCAAAGCUUACCUGAGCAACCAGAUCAGCCUUGGCAGAUACCUUACUGUGGAAUGCCUCAGGAUCUUCCAAGGUACCAAGACAGUCGAGAGAAAGUCUACAUCAACCUGUGCAACAUUUUCCCCCCUGACCUGGUGAGGAUUGUGAUGAAAAGGAAUCCUCACAUGGCAGAUGCCCAGCAGCUUGCUGCAGCCAUUUUAGUGGAGAAGUCUCAGCUAGGUUAUUGAUGAUAUGUUGAUGAUGCAUCUUUAUGGUGUCUAUUAGUUCAGUUUCAGCUGUAUCGCUGAGGGAGGUUUGCUACAAUAGCAUUUGUGAUCUCCUUCUCAGCAAGGAGGUUAUAUAGUAAUCCAUAUAUGUGAAAUACUGUGCCAUGGAACCUGUAUGUAUAAUCCCACACACUGGAAGUAACAGGAUUUAUUUUAAAUAGUCGUUUUUUAAAAAAGAAAUAUUUCAUGGCUGGAAGGUCUCUCCAGCUUAAUAUAUUAUUAUAACUAUGAUCUCUCAGUAAGAAUCUCUAGUGCAUGUGGGUUUUAUAUGCAGCACUUUUUAAUAUUUGUUACAUAUUUAUUAAAUUAUUGGGUGUUUUAUCCUUCAAGUGCAAAACAUUUUUUUUUUCAAAACAGCAGAAAACUGAAGAGGGUUUUAUGUGCCCAGCCAACAUUUUUUCAAGCCAAGCUUAUUAGGAUCUAUUUUUUCAUAAUUAAGUUAUUUAACUUUAUUGUGUGAUUUUCUUUGUAUAUAAUCGUUUUAUUUAUAGAAAACAACAGUCUUUUGCAGCACUGAACUUAUUUUUGAGUAAUGUAUAAGUUACCAGUUUUUACACUGAAAUGGGUAACAGUAUGUUAGUACUUUAUAGUAUGGCACUUUUUAAUUUGUUUGGUUAUGGAUUUAAUUUAAAUUAUUUGUUGAUUACUGUUGAUUUUGGUGUAAGCAAAAGCAAUCAGUAGGAGAGAAACCUGCUUUUAUUAAUUUAUUACGCAAAUGAUAAAACUUUAUGUGCAGGUUCUGAAAAUACCGAGGUCAUCCAGUUCCUGACUGUCACAAAUUUGACAACUAUAUCCGUUUAGGCAGCAGUCUUAUGCAGCCAAUGUACAUUUCCAUUAAUCAGAAAUGGCAUUGAAAAGUGUAUCUCUUGUUCCUUUACUUAAUGCACAGGUAUUUCAUAAAAUAACUGUUUUUAAAUGAAACAAAUGGUGUUCUCAAUGCAAUUUUUGUAUAUAAGAUAUUGUGUAUUUUUCAUGCUAUUUAUUGAGAAGGUUUUACAUUGUGUUCAGGAUAUGCAACAUCUUAACUGCACUAUAGUAAUGGUAAUGAUACAUGAAAACAGCACAUUCUUUUUGUGAAAUACUGUAUAUGUCCUCAAAAUUAGUUUGUCUGGCCUGUGGCAUUAUAUAGGCCCACUUCUUGCCAUGAACAACAUAGUUUUAGAAGUCGACAGUGUCACCUCUUCUAGUACUAGUAUGGGAGAUUUCUGGUUUUAAGUUUUGGUCUCUUCUAGCUCUUAUAAAAUGUAAUUUUACAUAAAUAGAUUAACAGUAGAUCUCACAGUGCCUGACGCUGUAGACAUCAUGAUUGACUGCUCGUAUCCUAGGACUCCCUUCAGAGCUUCACACUGUGAUGAUUCCCAAGUUUACAUAAUUAUUGCUGAUAACUGGGUGGAUAACUGCAACUUAAAGAUGCUGUAGAACCAGAAAGUACCUACGCUGUUGAUACAAAUUGUAUCUUUAACUAUUAGAACUAUUAUUUUAAUUUAUAGAUCUAACUUUUAAAAAGAACAUUCGUGUGAAAAUGAUUUUAGACUUUGGGCAACAUUUUAUCUCUUACUUUUUGAAAAAAAUUGUAAGAUUUCAAACCCGAACUUCUUUUUUUCUAUUUGAAUACCCCCUUGACCAUUUCUCUUAAAACUGAGUAAGAAGAUACCUAAAAAUAAUGGUAAAAUGCUGCCUAAAAAGAAUGUCCAAGCACUUUUUGAAUACAUUUUUCACUACUUACACAACACUGUGUGUUGUAAGAAGUAGGAUGUUGAUACACAGUAAAUGCUCCUGCAAAGCAUUAUGCUUUUAGAGGUAUCCAGUAAUCUGAACCAUGUUCAGCAACUUUAAUUCAGGAAUUGUUCUUCUACACAGUGUUCAGUAUUGUCUAAUCAGACAGGAUAUCACUUCUGUUAGGUUUGUCUGCCUCCCUGAAGAUGGCAUCUUACAUUUUUGUCCAUGUCUUCUGAGGGAGAAUCUCUUACUUUAAUAUUUCUUUCUUUUGUCCUCAACUUCCUUGUUCCUUGCCUUUGCAGAAUAUAUUUUAUUGGAGAGAUUGUACAUUUUGCAUGGGUAUGCAGAUCCUCUUUCCUUUGAAAUAGUACUGACUUGUUGCAGUGGGCUUAUUAUUCAUAUGCUGUUUAUGGCUUAUAUUGUAACUCCGAAGUCUUGGUAACAAAUAUUCAUGCAUCUUUAAAAUAUAACUGGAUAUUCUUGCCACUAGUGAGGGUGAAAUGCAGAAACAUGACUUCUGGAAUAGAAGCAUUUCAUACUUAUUUUCAGUUGGUGUAUACGGAAUCAUACUUAGGAUUGACUGCAGCAUACUUAACUUGGAAAAAGGGUGUGAUCAUACAUUGUGUGCUACAGUGUUAAAUGUGCAGUUGUUGGACACAUGUAAUGCAGAAUUUAAACACAUGCUGAAGAGAAAUGUGCUGGAUUAGUGAAUUUAGAGCUCAUGGCAGCUCUGCUUUAAUACCUUCAGAGCUGGUACGGCCUUCAUGAGUUACAAUUAAAAGCAGAUUCCCCCACCCACCACCCACCACCCACACAAAUAGCUACAUUGUGUUCCACUGCAAUAACUUAACGUAACUGCCUCUACUGUAUACUAUAUUUUACAGAAAGCUCCAGGCUUUGAAUUAAUCAAUUUGCUGCUCUCAUUCUAUCAUUUCUUUACUGGGAAUGCUUGGCUUGGGCUAUCUAUAAUUCUGCCAUCUUAUAAAUAGUUGAAUUUGAUUAAGCUCAUUGGUGAUCCUUUUUGUGCUGUAAAGGUCUUUAAUAAUAUUCUUUUAUAUUCUUUUAAGUUCCAACAUUUAGAAAAUCAAGGAACGAUUGAUUAACUAUUAUCUGCAUACCUUAUGUUCCCAGUGCAAUGUAUGGUCAUGGUGUAGAAGCAGGGAAGCCCAGGUUGAAAUCCACUGUUAGCCAUGCAAGGCCACUGGAUAACUUAGGACCAGUCACUCACUCUUAAGUCCACUCUGCUGGACAGGGUUGCUCUUGCAGGGAAAAAAAUUGGGGGCAGAAGUGAAUUGUUCAACUCCUUGAGCCCCUGGAAGAAAGAUGGGAUGUAAAUCUAACUGUAAUAACAUUCACCCAAGUGACCUACUAUUGACAACUUUAAUCCUUUAGUUCAACUCUUUUUGUCAUGAUAUACCAGAUACCAAUACCUGCUGUUAUUGUUUACCUCCUGAAACUGGUUCUUCUAGAGUAUAUUUUAGUAGGUUUUCAAAAAUGCUGUGCUGUGCUGGAAAAAAAGAAAGUAAUAGUUAUAGUCAGUCUGGUCUAUUUUAUAUCAAAUACUCGGUGAAAUUCAAAAACACACUCACCCACUGUAUGCACUUCCGUUAACACAAGGAGUAUUUACAUGAUCUCAAAAAGAGUCUUUUCAAAGGACAGCUUAAAAAAACAUGCAUGAUUGGUGGAUCCAUGCAUACCAGUUUUAGAUCCAGGCAAUUAUAAUUGUAAAGUUCAAAUGGAAUUUUAGCAGGUAAAAUUUCAGUCUGAUUGUUCACACAGCAUAUGAACACUUACAGAAGUUGGCCUAGACAAAAUGAAAAUAUAACUCUCUUUUAUUAUUUGGCAGUUAGCUGAUGGAUAUCAAUUAAUAACUGGAACCAUUUCAGUAUUUGUAAUGUAUGGAUAUCAUAGGAGUUCAUAAUUGUAUCUUGUGCAAGUACCUACAUUUGUGCAAAUUCUUUUUUAAGAUGAUAAACUGAAGUUUUCAGAGGCUUUGUGUGUGUGUCACAUUAACAUACUUGAAACCUCUAAUCUUUUAAAAAAUCUUUUAAUAUGUUUUCUUAGAUAUGUGACUCAACUACUAUUACUUUUAGGAAACUGUCACUGUAUUGUAGCUAACCUUUUGUUGUUAAAUUCCCAGUCGUAUCUAAAAUGAGUUUUUAUGAGAAAAAUGUAUAAUUACUGCCACUUCUUUUUGCAGCUGCCAUGCAUUACAAUGUCAUUUUAAAUCUGAUAGUACUAUGGAAAGUAAAACAUACUGAUAACUUUGUAAUAUGGAGAAGGCUGACCUAUAAAUUAUUUCUACUGCCCUGCUUGCAGGAAUAUUUAAUUUCAAUACAGAGGUGUUUGUCUCCCUCUUCCAAUUCUAAAAUAAAACAGCAACAAUUUGCAAAUGAUCCAUUCCUUCACCACCAGUCCCUCCCCCACAAGAGUCCUUAGCUACUUUCUUAGUCUAAAGAAUGGCAUGAUCUUGCCCAAAAUGGACCAGAUUGUUGAAAUGGGGGUGGGCUCUAAGAAAAGGGGAGGGGGAAAAGCAGAGGGAAUUAUUGUGAAAAACGUUCCCAAUAACAAAACCAAGAUGCUUAUUAUGGUUGCUUCUAUUCUUAAUGAGGUUUUAUAAAGAUUUGGCUAGGCAAAUGCAUAGCUUUAUUUCAUAAUCUUUUAAAGGUAUCUCUAGAAGACUAAACUCUCUCUGUUCCUUUUCCUCGAGCUGUUGAGUUUGGGCUUAAUCAUAUAGGUCCAUUUAAAUCUAUGGGAUUGAAGUUAGUAUCUAUAGGACUGAAGUUGAUUUUGGUGUAUCUGCUUUUCAUUUUAGAAAUAUUUUCUGCAGCAUCCAUGAAUACUCUCCAUCAUGGUACUGUCAGUAAAUCAGCAAUAAAACUGUUAAAUAUUCCGUAGCUUUGGAUGUUGUGUCCAUUAUAUGUUAAAUAUACAUUAAAAAGAAACGUUAUGAAGUAUUGUGAUCUAUGCUUUUUUAUUCUAAACUCACUCUGUCAUCUUCCUUUCUCUCCCUCUCUGUAUGGUGUGUGUGUGUUUUCAAGCUUUAUUCUUUUAAUAUUUUCCCACAUUUGCCUACCUUCCUUCCAGGUUAAUUCGCUUCUCACAACAAAUCCACUUUCUACUUGCUCCUCAGCUAUCCUCUAUGGAGAUACUCAAACCGUUUUGCUUCUCUGCUUCUGGGCUCUGCCUGUCUUUUUCUUACCAUUCCCACCCCAAAUAACUUGUAACCCCUAUAUCCAAACACCACAUUUUAACCCGGAGAAGAUACAGUCUGGAGCUUUUAAAAAUAUUCAGUAGUAGUGUGGAUAUUUCCUAAUAAUAUUGAAAUGUUAAAUAUAUGGUUAAUUCUUAUCUGUUGAUCUGUCUUGAUAAAAUAAUACAGAAAAAUACUUAUUUUGAUACUUGUGCCAAGAAAUUUUAAUUCUUGAAGCAUAAACUAGUAAAGUGGGAAUGUAAAAUAGGGUUUAAGUAUUUUUAUAGAAGGAACUUGAACAAUUCUGUUUUUUUAACAUAAAUUUAUUGUAAAGAGUAAAGAUGUUAAUAAGGAUCUUUCUAAAAUACGUUCAUUUAAGAUUGAGUUGGGGGAAGACUGGUACGCAUUAUCCAGUCAAACUAUAGGUGGUAUUGUAUUGAACUCUUCUAAACAAACCUUGCUUUAAAAGAGCUUUAAAUUGACUUGAAAUUACAGUGAUGAUAAAACGGUGUACGUUUCUGUAAUUUGUGGACAUCCACAUCUUAUUUUGGUAUAUAUUUCAGCAUAGCUGAACUCUGUAUGUGCAGAAAUUGUCUAGAGUUUAGAUGAGUACUGCUUAAAUGGUGCUAAUAUUAAAUAGAAAACAGUAAACAGUA